CCAGAUCUUUCCAAAAUUCCUUUGUGUAAACACGUUCUUUUGGUUCUCAUAGAAAGAGAAAUCGCUGGCUCUAAGAUGAGUCUAAUAUCGUCUAUGGGGUUUAUUGGGGCCGGAAAAGCCGCCACAGCAAUGGCUAAAGGUUUUCUCUCUGCUGGAGUUAUAAAAGCAAGCGAUAUUAUAGCUAGCGCCCCGAGAGAUAGCGAUUUAAGAAACUUUCGCGCUCUUGGAUGCACCGUCACAUCAGACAACAAGAAAGUCAUCAAAGAGGCCAAGACGAUUUUUCUAGCUACUAAGGCCAAAGCUUUCCCCCAAGUAAUGCAGGAAAUAUCUCCUGUGGUAACAAGGGAUCACAUCGUUUCUUCGAUUGCAGCCGGCGUGACUUUAGAAUGGCUUCAAAAAUCUCUACCGGGAAGGACACGUUUAAUUCGAAUGAUGUUGAAUACACCAGUCCAGUUCCGCGAGGGAGUAACGGCGAUGACCUUCGGAAAAUUCGCCAGGGAAGAAGACUAUAAGGAUAUUCACGAGCUGAUGAGUUCGGUAGGUUAUUGUUUUGAAGUCGAUGAGGAUCUUAUGGACGUCAUGACUGCGCUCACCGGUGGCGGACCCGCAUAUUUGUACUUAGCAAUCGAAGCAAUGGCGGACGGAGCGGUGAGAGCAGGGCUUAACCGCGAACAGGCGAUGAAACUCGCUGCUAAAACUGCUUCAGGGGCAGCGAGGAUGGUCUUAGAAAGCGGUCUACACCCCGGGGAGCUGAAAGAUCAAGUAUGUUCGGCAGGAGGUUCGACAAUCGCCGGAAUCUUCGCACUCGAAGAGAGUGGUUUUCGCGGGGCUUUGAUGAAGGCUGUAGCAGCCGCGAGUCUACGCGCCAAGGAAGUAGGCAAAGGGGAACUGAACAAAAAUAAGUAAAAUUAUAUUUAACUCGUCAUAUGGAAUACAGCAGACAAUAAAACAAGAGAUUUUAGUAGCAUAUAAGAUUUAUCAGAUAAAUCUCUCGAAAUGGACGCAAAAAGUGCCACGUGGCCUUUACUCGUCAUUUCCCGCCAAAAGAAUUAAGAAUUAUGUUUGUAGCCUUGUUAUUUAAAUUAUAUUUAAAAGCUAUUUUAAACAUGGCUGUCUACUGUAAUAGACUCCUAUGCAACAAAAACACACCCAAAACUCUUUUCUUCAAAGUGCCAUUUCUAGAAUUUAAAACAAAUUCUUCAUAUAUAAUUUCAAAUCCAGGAAAUCCACUGUUUUCUGUUUUUUGCUGAAAAUCACUGGACGAGAGAGUCUGGAGGCUCUGGUACCCAGGGUGGUCCACCUGGGGGGUUGGGGUGAUUGCAUCCUUAGCUCAGUAAUAGGUCACUAGAUCCAACAAGAAACUUCCUAUUUAUAAAAGCAUGCAUAAAAUUAAAAUUAUUCUUACUGUUAA